AUGGCGACGACGUCAGCUUGUCCUAUUGUGACGGGAGUGUCUCCAAAAGAUGGAAUUCCGGGAACACAGGUUACGAUUCGAGGAGAAAAUUUGGGAUCAGGCCAAUCCGAUCUGGUGGCAUUGAUAAUAUGUGGAACUGAUUGUUUAGUAACUGCUAAAUGGAAGAGUCCGUCUAAAAUUGUUGCUAGGGUUGGACAAGCUAAAAGAGGGCUUGGAGAUAUUAUUCUUGUCACAAAAAGUGGUGGAAGAGGCACCUCAAAUGUUCAGUUUCGGGUUUUCUUUGAACAAGUUGGUCCUUUGGCCGAAAGUUCUGUUUGGGUUGACGAAACUAGAACCGUUCCUAUCCGAAAUGCUAUAAGGAAUGUGACAGAAGCUCAGAACAACAAAGACAUACUCGGAAUUUCAACGUGAGUGCUUAUUUUGAUCUUUUUUUAUGUUCAGGGGCGAAGUGACAGAUCAAGCGAUUAUGCAGAAGUAUUUCCCUGAUUCUUCCGGGAACCUGAGGAUGAACAACUUUAAUCCUGCUUGGUAUAUUCUUGAAAGCUAUAAGUCGGCAAAGUAAGUGCUUUUUUACGCUCAGGACAACACUUUUCUGGAAUUUUAGUUUUAAUAUCUAAUUUGUGAUUUAGUGGGAUAUUGUUAUUCAAAAAAAGUUAAUUUACUUUUGUCUACGAUAUGGCACUUUUUGUUUUUAGGAUGUCCGAUAUCAUGGUUGGCAUUUCGAACUUGAAAAAGGAGAUAAUGAAAGAGAAGCAAUCUUCUAAAGACGUUCACAAGAGUAACUUAUACUCUUUAAUCCAUUGUGUCGACGCAUUAGAUACCUUGCACAAAACUAUUGAAAGCGAUUGCGAGUCUCACGGAUGGCCACUGACAACUUCUGUAGCUGAAAGGGUACGUUUUAUUAUUUAUAAGGAUUGCUAUAAGACUUUGUUUUUUUUUCUGUUGAUAAUAAUGCAAUUUUUAGGUAAAUGCAGCCCGCGAGACUUCUGAUAAGCUGUUCUCUGGGAUUUUAAGUAGGAAAGACAAAGCUGAUGCUACGAGAAAUGCUCUGUCUGUGCUUACCAGAUUCAGGUUUAUCUUCUACUUGAUCGAGAACAUCGAAAAAAAUCUUAACGAUGUAGGUUUACGUUGGUUACAUUUUAUGCUUUAGAAAUACAAUUGUAAAUUGAUUAUUUUAGGGUGAUUAUGCUGCGAUUCUGAGCGAUUACUCUCGAGCGAAGUCUUUGUUUAAAGAUACGGAGAUCUCGUUGUUUAAAGAAGGUAUUGUUGUUGCAUUUAUUUUUUUAGAUAUUGACUAAUAUGAUACUUUUUUAAAUUCUAAUAUUUAGUCAUGGACCACUUAAAUGUGAAGAUCCAGAAGUUUAAGGAAACGUUGCAACAACGUUUGAUGGGUAUACCUACUUCAUUGGAAGAGCAAAGCAAGUUGAUCAAGUACUUGAUGAUUCUGGAUCCGGAUUCGAAUCCAGGAUGGAAUUGUGUCACUACAUAUCAUUGUUGGCUAGAAGACCAAAUGUGGGAGUUGCAGGAAAAGUAUGUCAAGAUGAGUGUCGACAAGAACUACGAUCAAUCAGGUACUGCUUGUUUAUAUUAACGUAGCUAUUUACACAGAACACUUUUCUAUGUAUUUGAGUUUUUUGAAUCGUUUUUUUUUCUAAUUUACAUAGUUGCAGCCAAUGAUAAUCAGAGCUACAUAAACUCUUUUGUGUCAGAGUUCUUGGGUAUGCUUUGUGAGAAGCUGGUGGCCUUCACAAAGCUGGCUUCUAUCUACACGACGGCAAAUCAAGAGGACAACACUGAAGAUGUUAAUGUAAGGUACAUCACAGAUCGAUUACUUUUUUAGCAAAUGAUUCGAAACAGCAUCAACCUGGGCUCGUGGCUGGUGCUUAAUGCGAUAGUGCCAGAGGCCAUUCCCCAAUCAGUGAAAGAUGAAUACGGUAAUAGAUUCGCCAAGUUUAAUGAUUUGUCGAGAGAUGGCUUUGAACAAGUGGAGUCCCUGAUUCAAGCACUGAAAACUGUCAGGUAAUUAGGUUUAAUAUUUGUUUUAGUGGUUUUAAUUGUUAUUGUUAACGUUUGUUUUUAACUUCAGAAGUUCGUUAAAGACCUUGUUGGAGUCACAGUUUAGUCGGCACAAUGUUCAGCCGUUGAUAGAGUUGUCUAAAACAUUGAGGAUCAAGGGAAUCGAAGUUUUGACUACUACAGUGGUAGAGGGUAUGGUGUUAUGUUGAUUUAAUGUACUUUUUGGUUUAGGUAUUCUGGCAUUGUCAACGAAAGAAAAUUGGAAGAUUGACUACACGGCCCAGAACUUUAAGACUUUGUUACCUGAUUUGUACGAAGCGAAGGUAACUUUAUGACUUUUAUUAUGAAUGAUUUACCUAGUUUGAUUUUUGACAUUAAUACCUAAUUGUUAUUUAUGUUUUAGAUAAACGAGAUGUUGCCAUCAACAAAACUGUUGUUAACAUCAAAUGGCGUCUUUGAAGACGACUUGUUCAUCAAUGAUUCGAUUCGUCAAUUGAUUGUUGACCGCUACAUGAUGGUCGUGUGUACGAUCAAGGAAUGUCUUGAACAGAUGUUGGCCAUCAAGUUGAGGAAGCGACCUCACCGUCUGUUCAACGAAUCUGACAGCGGAUCAACUAACAGUGCUGCAGUUGAAGGUAACGCUUUUUUUAUUGAGCUAUUAUAGUAUGACAAAGUUUAGGUAAUAAUUAUUUUAAUUUCUAGUAUAUAUUACAAAAUGAUUAAAUAUAUUGUUUAGAGCAGAAAAAGUCGUCGAGUGAAGUGAACGGAAGACGACUGCUGAUUGCCAUUUCUAACUUGGACUACAUUCUGAAUGGAUCUCUACCUCAAAUUUGUAAAAAGUUGUCUGAUAACGGACUCAAGUACAGCGAUUUGAUUCUGGACGUAGGCUUAAACAAGUUAUAUGAUGCUAGAUAUUUUUAGAAGGCGAAGGGUGACAUGUCAGUGUUACGGUCUGACCUGAUCUCAAAGUACUUGGAGUUGAAGACAGGGCCUUUGUUAUCUUUGCUCGACUGUAUCUCGUAUGAACAUCUGCCAGAAGAAGACGGUGGGUUUCUAUGUGUUAGGUUUUAUAAAAAAUCAUAAAAAUUUGGAAAGAAACAAUUAUAUUACGCCGAUUUGUUGUAGAUGUGUCAGCCUACAUCAAGGAGCUUGUUAUGGGUAUGAUCUUUGUCAAAGCCGAGCUCAACUUGGUUAUUCCAGCUAUUUCUUCUCAUGUAGGUCGAUGUUAAUAUAUUUUUAUACAUGUAUGAUAAAAUUAAAAAUAAAGACAGGUUAUUGUAUUUUAGUUACUUCAAUCGGCAAUUAGAAUCGUUUUGAAACAAUUUGUGAAAGCUUUGAAGACUAUUAUUGUCAGGAACGAUGAGCACGCUACCCAAAUUGUGAUAGACGUGACGGCAGUGGAAGAAGCGUUUGAUAUGUACAUUGAUGACGAAGUGCGGUAAGAUAUUAUUGUAAACGUGUUUUUCUAUUUCUAUAAAUGUAUUUUAUCAUAAACAUUGUUAUGUUAAUGGAUGAUAUUGUCUUUUUAGAAGAGUAAUGAACGAUUUGAGGGCACCGCUUAAGGCAGUAUUGGACAGAGAGUAAGUUCACCUGUUUACUAAAAUAUUCAUUGGUUUUUCUAUUAUAGGUUAUACAUGCGUGAUAACUUUGCCUUGUUUUAGAUUGUUCGAAGAGAGUAUGACCAACUUCAAAGGUGCCAUGUUCUUCGCGAUCGAGAGUAUUUCCAGUAAUAACCACACUUCUGAUGUAUAG